CGGACGGCCCAUACGAAUUCAAAGCCCGCGUGUUCUCCCGAACAGCCACCGCCGCCGCCGCCGCCGCCGAUCCAUGGCGACCUCGACGGCGGCGCCCAGGCACAGCUGCGCGAAGCUCUCGGUGGCGGUGGAGGACCCCAAGGCGGGCGGCGGCGGAGCCGUCUUCGUGAAGGCCACGUGGCACCCCACGCGCUUCUCCCUCGCCGUCACCGACGGCGGCGCCGCGUGGGUCGCCCAGGCCUCCGACGCCGAGGUGCGCCUCCGCGCCGAGCAGUGGGACCAGCCCGUCGCCGACUACCUCGCCCUCGCCGAGCGCUACCUCGCCUUCCAGCAGCCCUCCUCCACCUACUCCUUCCACGACGCCGCCAACGGCAAUCGAAGGCUGUCAUGGACAUUUGAGAAACAAGGCACCAAGUUAGAAUGGCGAUGGAAACUGCAGCCUGCACCUAACACUCAGCAGACUAUAGCUGAGAUCUUGGAUUUUCUUAUGGAUGCAAAUAUACGCUUGAGCGAAGAGGUUGUUAGGAAAACACAAUCCUUUGACAAGUUGAAACAAGAAUCUGAGAAGUGCUUGCAACAAAGUGAAAGAUUUAACAUUGAGAAAGCUGAGUUCGAACAAUCCACAUUUUCAAAGUUUGUGGCUGUCUUAAAUUCGAAGAAAGCCAAGCUCAGACAACUCAAGGACAAACUCACAGAAUUUGAAUCUGCUGACAAGGCUCCAAAGGAGGAGGAUGAGAACUCCACUGAUAAGACAGAGCUUUUUGAGGAAGCAAGUGACAAAGAUGCAAGCGUUAAUGAUGAACCCUCUGAGACUGGUGGCGGCGAUCUUCAUAGCUCUCCUGAGAAAACUGCAGCCACCUCCAGAGGGGGGAGGGGUCGCAAGAGGACUAGAAAAUAGCCUGAACAAGCAACCUAACUGCUAGACUGAAUAUGACAGUAUAACAAGACCUACAUGCGAAUUCUUAAUGUUAAGGAUAUCAACAGGACCUACAUGGGAGUUCUUAAUAUCCUUAACACUUAAUCCAUGUGAUAUCCUUAACACUUAAUCCAUGUGAUGCAUCUGUCAUGCAACUAAUUUUCAUUUCGUCAAGUGUGUCAAUCAUGUACCUUGUGAACAUUUAAGUGCAUGUGGAGCUAAACCUUGAGUCCUAUAAUUGCCAAGCUUGUCUUCAAUGUUCUUCACGUGUUUUUGGCUGAGGAUGGUGAUAAUACUGAUGGUGGCUGUACUCCUAUAGUUUAAUAUGUUAAUGAAGAAUCUAUGCACAAGGCAGCAUGUGCUUUGCUCCCA